AUGGUGUCUCAAGAUGUUUUAAUGAAUUUACACAUAAAAUUGUUAACAUAUAAUGUAUUUAUUAGACCACCAGGAAUUAGAAAUAAUUUCAAUGAUUACAAAGAUGAAAGAUUGGAAUGUAUGAUUUCAACAGACUUGGGUGCAGAGAAAUUAAUAAAAUCAUUCACAUCGCAAUCUGGUGUUCCCUAUUCACUCUAUACCGUAGAUAAAGACAGAUUUCCAACGAUACCUUAUUUAUCACCUUGGAGAUCUCCACGUCCACCGAAACUGUUAUCGCCGGUGUCGGAACGCAAGUUAAAGGAGCAGCAUCAAAGGUACGCCAAGUUAGACACCUCAAUUCUUGGUCAGUACGAUAUCAUUUGUUUCCAAGAGUUGUUUUCUGCAUUCUCCUACAGACAGAGACGAUUUUUAGAGCGAGCUACCGCACAGGGAUUCAAAUAUCAUGCAACUUCACCUCUACCCUCCUAUUUAAAGUCGACAUUCUUGGUGGAUGGUGGUGUAGCGAUCAUCUCAAAGUAUCCAAUAGUUAAACAAGAGUAUCUUUUAUAUCAGCAGGGUGUUGACAGUGAUAUGUUGGCUGCAAAGGGUGCCAUCUAUGCAAAGAUUGAAAUCGAGAAGAACAAACAUUAUAUUCAUUUAUUCUCAACUCAUCUACAGGCAUCGUAUGUGCAUCCAAAUUCAACCACAGAGAGUACAGACAAUGUUAAGAAUGAUUCGGUGAGAACCAAGCAGUUAAACCAAUUACGCGAAUUCAUGCAUCUCAUGACAUCCAACGAUCAAUAUCCAAUUAUAUUGGCUGGAGACCUGAAUGUCGACUCUAGAGUAUCCAAGACAUCGCAUGACUCUGGAUCUGACACCAAAGAGUACUUGGAAAUGAUCGAUUUAAUCUCAAACAAGAAUCAUCUAGAUGGCCAGGUACAGUUGUUUGAAAUGUUAGAUCUUCUAAAGAAUGACACUGGAUUGCAUCCACCAACCGUUGGUGAUGCUACUGAUGUCAAUGGUGUAUUAUCGGCAAAAGAGACUGCCCUAACAAAUAAGAACGACUAUUGUUGUAUGAAGAGUCUAGAUUACAUAUUUCUAGUCAAUCGUAUUCAACCAUCUCACCUCUCCGUGGACAACGCAGAUUCCAACCAAAAAAAUCAUAAUAAUAAUAACAAUAUAUUGGUUCCAGGUACUACAAAGGUCGAACCAUUUUUCAUUGAAGGUUUUCCAUUUUCACAACUCAGCGAUCACUAUGGUGUAUCAACUGAAUUAAAAUUUGUUUAA